AUGCUUCAGGGCGUGACCGAGCCGAACACGGGAUUAGAGACGCUCAAGCUCAAGACCACCGCCAUACCCACCCCAGAUGGAUCAGGCUACAAACUCUCCGGCCAGAAAAUCUGGAUCUCGAGUGCGCAGGUAGCAACAAAGAUGGUCUUGCUCGCUCGCACAACUCCGCUGGAGGAAGUCAAGAAACCCAGCGAAGGUCUAAGUAUGUUCUACAUCGACUUCGACCUCAGCAAACCCGGCCUUGAAGCAAAAAGAAUAAAGAAGAUGGGUGGACGAGCAGUAGACGCAAACCAAGUGUUCUUCGAUGGCUAUGAGAUUUCCAAGGACUCCCUGAUUGGUGAAGAAGGCCAAGGAUUCAAAAUAAUCCUCCACGGCAUGAACGCCGAGCGCGCACUGCUAGCCGGCGAAGCCUUGGGUCUAGGCUACAUCGCACUGAAGAAAGCCUCGCAGUACGCGAAGGAAAGGGUGGUUUUCGGGAGACCAAUAGGACAGAACCAAGCCAUACAACAUCCCCUGGCCUCCGCCUACAUGCAUCUUGAAGCGGCCAAACUCGCUACCUAUCACGCAGCUCGUCUCUAUGAUCGAUCUACCCCAGGGCACAAGGACUACGAUCCCAGCAUAACGCAGCACCAGGUUGGAGUAGCGUGCAACUCGGCGAAGUAUGUCGCGGCGGAAGCGGCGUUCGUGGCGUGCGAGAGGAGCGUAAUGAGUAUGGGAGGGAUGGGAUACGCGGCUGAAUAUCAUGUCGAAAGGUAUCUGCGGGAGUGCUUUGUUCCUCGAUUGGCGCCUGUUAGUCGGGAGAUGAUUAUGAACUUCGUGGGCGAGAAGGUAUUGGGGUUGCCCAGAAGUUACUAA